UUUCUUUACUGUCAAGUUUGACAACGAAACGAUUGCGAUUUCGCGUUGUGGUUGUAAUUCGUUCGAUGUGUUAAAAUUAUUUAUCGCAUCCUAAUGUUGAAUAAAUCUGUUUAAUUAAAGCUGGUCUUCUGAAAGUAGACAUGGCUAACCAUUAUGAAGUGCCCAAUUGGGCUGGAAAACCACCGACUGGGCUGCACUUGGAUGUGUUGAAAGGGGAUAAAUUGAUACAGAAACUGAUGAUUGAUGAGAAGAAAUGUUAUUUGUUUGGUCGAAACCCUCAAAUGAAUGAUUUUUGUAUUGACCAUGCCAGUUGUUCGAGAGUGCAUGCCGCAUUUGUUUACCACAAACAUUUGAACAGAGCUUUUUUAGUCGACUUAGGCAGCACUCAUGGGACAUUCAUUGGACAAAUGCGCUUGGAGCCCAACAAGCCAACACAGCUGCCUAUAGAUUCUAAUUUCCACUUUGGAGCUUCCACAAGAAAUUACAUAAUAAGAGAACGUCCAACGGGCAACUCUCGAGGUAUAAUGGAGGACCUGCCUAACACAGAACAAGAAGGUGCUCUGCUGGGUCUACCUGAGACACAAACUGAAUUAGAUAAUCUAACAGAAUUCAACACAGCCCACAACAGAAGAAUAUCUAUGUUGGGCAUAUCUACUGAUGAUGGUAGUGAUGUUAUGAAGCCUCCAACUGGCACGAAAAGAUCAGCGUCCAUGCCCGGUGGUAUAGCCAAGAAACAGAAACGCAAUGUCUCCUUCAAUGAGGAGGUGGACAUUAUCAAUCCAGAGGACAUUGACCCCACUAUCGGGCGGUUCAGGAACUUGGUCAAAUCUACCAUUGUGCCAAACCCUAAUAGUACUCCCAGGAAAUUGAAACUGCAAAGUGCUGAAGACAGUCAACAUCACCACUCACUGAGGCUGCAGGAGAUAUCAAGAGGAAACAACUUGUACUCCGACCUGCCCGCACCCAGCUCACACUUAAGUCUUAUUGGAGCUAGACUCGGCCUGUCGCUACCGAACCCCGCGCCCGAUGUGGAACUCGAAGGUCCCGAGCCGCACCUCAACAUACAUCCACCUCUACCACAUACAGCUCCAGAAGAGGCGGGUCCAUCGAGCGAGCCCCGCAAGAAGAAGUAUGCCAAAGAAGCAUGGCCGGGUCGGAAGCCUGGACUUAUACCCGGAGUAUGAGACUUACACUAAGCGUCUGAUCACACUGGUGGUUGCCUGGUCAGGUUUGAUUUAUGGUUCAGGUUUGUUAGCAUUCCUAUUAUAUCUAUUAGCACAAAAUUCCUACGAAAACUUAGAACUCAGUGUGGGCAGGAUUUUUUUAAAUUCAAUUACUAUCUUCUGUCUUUCAGUCUGUCUUCUUCAAUACAGUUUUGUAAUGAAUUCAUAGAAAUUACCGCAUAUGGCUUAUAAGAGUUAUACCUACAUGAAAACAAAUGUUUGUCUGAUAUAUAAUUUUAUUAUAACUUUCGUGAGACAUACCAUAUUAAUUAUUAUGUUAUCGGCUUACUCUGGCAUGGCUUGAAACUAGUCGAGUUCCUCGUCAAAACAUUACGUGAGUAAGCCAAUAACAUAAUAAUUAAUUUGUCUGAUAUGUUUCGUUUAAAUAUUAAACCUUCCUUUAAGCACCGCCAGUGAGAUUCGACACUUGUUACAUUUGUAGUGACGUAUGUUAUUAUAGUGAUUCCUAUUGUAUGAUGAUGGAUAUACAGAAUAUAGUAGAAAGAUAAAGUCAUAUAUGAUAUAGCAAGGAAAUUCUCAUACUUUUAUCUAGGCUUUCGUUAGGAAUACCUGUACCCUUAGUACGAGUUUGGUUUACGUUUAACGAAAACGAAACGAGACCGCGUUCGGUGCUCCAAUUGGCUAGCGCGAAUGAACCAACCAAUCAGAGCGCUGAACGCGGUCUCGUUGAACGUAAACAAACUCGUACUAAGGCCUCUUUUUUAUUUUAAUUUUUUUCUUAUUAAUAGUACCUAUCAAUUAUAAGUAAUUUAUAUUCGAUUUUUAUUACAAUAAUAUUGUGACCAUACCUUUCUAUUAGACUUUGUAUUAAAAGUAUAGUCAACGUCAAAAUGUCGAUGGUUUAGAUUAUGCCAAAAUAAUUGGAAAAAAAAAGAUUGCUAAUGCUUGUUGAUAUUGAAUAAAUAAUUAGUGAAAUAUAUAGAGAAAUAUAUUUAGCGCAAUGAUGACGGUGUCAAUUAAUCUUGUUAUUAGAAGGGAUUCAAGUCCAAUAGUUCGCUAGUACAAAAUUUGUUGACGUAAUGUUAGACAAGAGUCUACUUUUUAUCUGAAUAGUAAAUGGAGUUGAAUAUUUUUACAAGUAUUAGUAGUAUACUGAUAUUAAAAUAGUAUUGAAUAGUAUCCUCUGGUGUUGCGGUGGUCCAUGGGCCGCGCUGAUCGCUUACAUUCAGUUUACUCGUCUGUACCUAGUUGGCCCCCUAUUCCAUAACAAAAGAAAAAUUCUAAUACGUUUUUCUGCUACGGAUGGAAAAUCAUCACAUGACUCCGCCCGUCCUAGUGGGUUAGGCGUGAGGGUGUGACAAACACUUAUUGACUGAAAAUGUCCGAAACCACUCCUUUCCAGUUGCAUCUCUCUAUCGGAACCACGGUGGCCGUCACCUCUUUAUGAGCGGCCACCAUGCGGCGCCCUUAUGUGCGCCCAGUUUGCCUCAGGUAUAAUACAGCUCUGAGCAUCAUAACAACUCCGUAAUUGCAUGGUCUCCUGGUUACCGAAAUCAAUAAGAAAAUUUCAUGUUUGUUUCGUAUUUCUCUAGAUAUGAUAGGUACUAAUACUGUUGUGUUCUCUACUACAUUUUAAGAUGUUGUAUAUAAAAUAUGUAGUUAAAGAAAUAGGUUAUUGCUCAAAUAACUAUCUUUUUAAGUCGGUCAUUCAUAGAUGUUAAUACAAUAUUCUACUUUGUUGCUUAGGUAAUAAAGUGUUUUAUAUCAUGUCAUUUAGAUGCAUUUGGUCUUCCUUUCACGAUUAAGAUUAAGGGUGCUUUUGCACUAGAGAUGUGCUAUGUUACGUUGCUGUGGUCGCGUUUGGUUUCCACCAAUCAUAUUCAUUGGUACUGGUGGAAACGGACUCAGCUAAGCUAUGUUUUUUUAUAUAGAAAGAUGCGUGUUAUGGAUCGCUCCUCUACUAUCGAUAAAUCGCAUACUCGAGCUGCACAUCUUCCUUGCACAGCUACAUAGUUUAGUAUAGGUGGAAACGGUCACGUAGUUUCACAGCUUAGCUAUAACAUCUUCAUAGAACAUCUCUGGUGGAAAAAAGCACCCUUAUGAUUGUGUAAAAAUUAUAAUGCUCUAAGUACCGUCCACCUUAAUCUAUGAGCGCUUUUGUACAUCCGCGCUUUAUGUAGUACGUUAUAGUAAAGAAAAUAUUAAUUGAACAUACGUAAUGCAAUCCUUCGCCUCGGCAUUAUGUGCUAAAAUUGACUAUAAAUAUAUAGCUUCUUAAGUGUAUUAGAUUUCAUAAAUUUUUACAAACAUAAUAGAGAUAGAGAUGGGCAAUUUUUCAGUUAAAUAUUUCAAAAUUUAUAAAUGCUGAGUAAAAUAUUUAUUAUUAACAACUUAUUUCAAUCAUUUAACGAUCAAUAACACCAAAAAUAAAUAAUUAAUGUCAAAAUUUGUGGAUAUUAAUCCACUUUUUUGAACGAUAAAUACUCGAGUAAAAAUAAUAAAUACUUAGCAUUUACUUGAUAUUUAUCCGAAAAAUCACCCAUCUAUAGUUAUAGCUAAAAUAGCAUCGAAAUUGGUUGUUAUAUGUCUAGUAAUUAUACCUGAAUGUACAUAUAUUCCACGUCUUAAGUGACUAUAAUAAUAUAGCUCUAUCUCUUUCGCACUUCUUUACCAUGAAGAUGACGUCAUAAUUAUGUUAUAUUGGGCAUUUCUUGUUCCCUUAUUUGACAGCUAACUGUUAUAGAUUGAAAUAGUUAUUAGUAGAAUUUGCUUGUUAUUUUAUAUGUUACUUAGAAUACUCUUUUAAGGUAAGCGUCAACAGGCCCGCAUCGUACGCACCGAACGCAACGGAUUUUAGUUAGUCUUGUAUAGAAACUCAUACAACUGCGUCCAAUGAACCGCAUCGUACGGACAGCAUCAUAGGCAAUGCCUAAAUGCGAUGCGUACUGAUGACGUCAUACGGAAUGCGUAUGAUGCGGGCCUAUGGACGCUUACCUUUAAUCAUCCUUCAGCUAGCUGAUUAUUUGAAAGCUUUUAAUCAAAUACACCUACUAAUUAAGGAAAGCUAUGAUUAGAUAGGGAAAUUGUAAUAAAAUCAUUACUAAAUGUUAUGAAAACAAAAGCGAGUUUAUUGCCCUUUUAUGCUUAAACUGCUGAACCGAAUUAAAUGAAUCUUGGUUCCGAGAUAGAUGGCUAAAAACCAAUGAAGUCACAAGUAAAAGCUUAUUUAAGCCUUAAAUAUUAAAUGAGUAUGUUGAAUAUUUUUAUUCAAUACAAAUGGCAUAUAUUAUUAUGUGUUGUCAUAAUUUUGGCGUUGACUGUACUUUGGAUGUCAUAAAUAGUAAUCACAUUGUUUUACUCCUAUAAAGUACAUUGUAUGUAAUGUAUUCAUUAGUUUUAGUUACUUUUAAGAAAAUUGUGAAUGAUGGAUGAAAUAUAAGAGUCAAUAAUAA